AGAGAGAAAAAUGGUCAAGUUCAAAUUCAAUAUAGAGAAAAAAAGGGAUCUCUGCAAAAAAGGAAAAAGAAACUUUCUCUCUUUUUCAUCCCUACUAUCCUACAUUUUGUCCAAGCCAAAAACUUUCCGCGCAUACUCAUAGAUUACCUAUCCAGGGCAUUGUGCCUUUGUUCUUUGUUCAACAGCAAAGUAAUGAUAUAUGGACAAAGAAUGAACAAAAUGCACAACGAAACAGGAUCCCCAUCAUCGGGUAUCGUUCAUACUGCUUUUUGCACCAGGCUGCGGAAUGAAAAGAGAAGAAGAAAAAAGAAGAAGAAAAACAACAAAUCGUAGUCGCCAUUUCCGUGGUUUCCAACAAAACUGGUCUCGAGAGUCCAAUCUUAGGAGACCUCGUACAGGAGAUGAAAAAAAAAAUAGACAUCAAAAAAGGAUUGGGGGGAAUCAAAAGUCAUUUGCGUAUCAAAAAAAGAAGAAUGAAGAAGACAAAGGGAAAAAAUCCAUCACGCCAGCUAACCCAAUUUUCCUCAACCGGGGACAGCAAUGCUUUUUUUUAGCCAGAGGCGAGAAGGAAACACGCUUUAGAGGCAGAUCAACAGCAAGAGAUAGCUCAGCAGCAUGUGGGAAGAUGGCAGUUGGCCUCGUCUAUCAUCCAAUGCAGGCCCUGACAUUGCAACAUCUCCGGAUUAUUUGUUGUUGGUCCUUUUUUAUGUUCGGCAAUGCAAAGGGAAAGAGUUUGAUAUCGACAACGCCCCUUGCACAAUCUCGGAAGCCAAAAGCUUGUCUCACCAACAGAACCGAGACAUGGGAAGGGAUGCUGAUGCUCGCCAGCUAACUGAAAGCGGAAAUUAAGGCAAAUGGGAACUAGGAGCAUAGUAGUGCUUGUAUAUGAGAGAAAUCGCAACAAAGAGAGAGUGCCAGAUUCGCUUGACAAGAUUAUGACAGG